AUGAGUCCAACAGCAGAGGACAAACACAGCCAGCCUGGUUUCUGCUGGCUGAAGACCCCUCUCACAGCUGACACAGAUGCUCUGAAGACAGUCCAUCUGCAGGGCCAGGCUCCAGGAUCAAACCAGGACAUGAGUCGGAUGCCUGCCUUGUUGUUUCUGCUCCGGUUACUAAUCCUGAUAAUGAGGAAGAGGAGCAGUGCUGCUACCACAGAGUUCCUCAAAGUGUCUGGAACCAGCGGUGAGAGCAUCGUGCUGCACUCCGGCCUGCUGACAAGGAUGCUGGAGAGUGCAGGAGAUGUCAGAUGGACUAGCCGCCACGUGCUGAUUCACAACAGAACGGCAAUAUGUCAAGACGGGCGCUGCAACCUGCUUAGUGAUGGAUCACUGAGAUUCAGCCGAGUUCAGGCUGCCGAUGCAGGAAACUACACCCUGGAGGUGUUUGAUAAAGCAGGAAAGAUGAAGGAAAAGAAAAAUUUCCUCCUGCAAGUGGAAGAAACCAGCAGCAUUGAUGUAGCGACAACGUUGGUCAUCUCCUGCUUCUUUUUACUGUCUUUAUUGCUGCUCAUCCCCUUCUUCAUCCAGAGGAGGAGGAGAACCCAGAGGGAAGUGAGAUCAGAUAAGAUGGAGGAGAAUGUUUACAUGGCAAUGCGGGCUUACCAUGGCAACAAGGCAAAACAAGAGGAAAAUGAAAAACAUGAGAAGGGGGAGGAUUCUCUUUAUAAUGCCCCCCCUUCCAUUCCUGUGGAGGAUGUGGAACAGGUGGAGGAUGUGGAACAGGUGGAGGAUGUCUAUGUGUGAAGACCAGUCAGAGCUUUGCUGACAUCCAGGUCCUCACCUGGACACUCCUCCUCAGCCAGGUCUUUAACCCCUUCAUGGGAACAACUGAGACGUGAGGGCUGGUUCUGUCGAUGUUUGACGGAAACUGAAAACCAGGAGAAGUGAAAACAUGGUCAACCGGAGAUCAGCUGACAGGUGGAGAUAGACCAAAUUCUGUUUGGGUUAGAUUCCCUCAGGUUUGAGUCCUGUAAAUUCUGUUGUUUUAUUUUAUUGCAUUUUUUAUUUAGACUUUAAAUCAUGCUUUUCGAUAUGUUUUUAAUGAUUUUGUAAAGCACAAUGAAUAACCUUGUUGUUGAAUUGUGCUAUAGAAAUAAACUUGUCUUGCUACGAAAAAUCUGGGCUAUCAAAAUAAUCCUAGUGUAAAUUUUUAUUGAGGCUAGCGACACCAGUUAAACAACAAAACUGCUCGAAGAGGAAAAAUUGUUUGGUUGUUUGGUUGGUUAGGGUUAGGAUUAUUAGAGUUAGUAGGGUUAGUAGAAUUAGGGCUAUUAGGGUUAGGGUUAUUAGGGUUAGGUGAAUGAAGAUAUCUUGAUGAACCCCCUGCCUCAUCCGAUGACUGGGCAGUUAAAGGGGAACAAAGGUCAUGCAGAGGCCAACGCAGCUUUCCUACCCAGAUGACUAUACACUACAAAAAACAGUUGUAAAAAUAUGGGAAGGGUUAGGGUUAGAUCCAUUAGGGUUAAAGUCAUUAGGGUUAGGGUUGUUAGGGUCAUUAGGGUUGGGGUCAUUAGCGUUAUUAGGCUUAGGGUCAUUAGGGUAAUUAGGGUUAUCAGUGCUAGGGUCAAUAGGGUUAGUUAUUAUGGUUAGCGUUAUUAGGGUCAUUAGGGCUAGGGUUAUUAGGGUAAGGUUCAUUAGGGCUAUUACGGUUAGGGCCAUAGGGAGU